CUUCUAUAUAGCUGGGCGCGCCUGGCUGCUGGCCGGUGAGCUGGAGGACUGCAUAGCUCCAGCCUGUGGCUCCAGAAGCACACUCAGAGCAGACAUCCAAGAUUCUGACACAAUGAAGAAGCACCUGGGCACAUGCGGGUUGGCUAUUGUCUGCGUCCUGCUCUUCAACCAUCUCUCCGCCAUCAAGGCGAGGGGCAUCAAGCACAGAAUCAAGUGGAACCGGAAGUCUGUGCCCAGCACCGUCCAGAUCACAGAAGCCCAGGUAGCCCAGAACCCCCCAGGAGCCUUCAUCAAGCAAGGCCGAAAGCUCCACAUCGACUUCGGAGCUGAGGGCAACAAGUACUACGAGGCCAACUACUGGCAGUUCCCCGACGGGAUCUACUACGACGGCUGCUCCGAAGCCAACGUGACCAAGGAGGUGUUCAUCGCCAAGUGCAUCAAUGCUACCCAGGCAGCAAACCAGGCCGAGUUUUCCCGGGAGAAACAGGACAAUAAGCUUCACCAGCGGGUCCUGUGGCGGCUGAUCAAAGAGCUCUGCUCAGUCAAGCACUGCGACUUCUGGUUGGAAGGGGGAGCCGGAUUCCAUCUUUCCGUGGACCAGCCAUUGAUGCUCUGCCUGCUGGUCUUCAUUUGGCUCAUCGUGAAAUAAUCCUGGAAGGAGACUGGUGGCCAUAGAGGUGAGCCGGUGAGCAGACUAUGGAGACAGGUACCCCAGUCCUCCCCCAACCCCACACCCUCAUGUGUCUUGAAGGUACCAAAGAGAAGUGAUUCAUCAGCGCUUCAAAUAUCACUCCUAAGUGUUCACCUGUAUUUGUAUGGGAUAAGCUUGUGUCUGUGUGUCCAUUUUCCGCCUGCUCUGUGGCGGCUGGGGGCGUGUUUGGCUCAUUAUACAUUCUCAGCUCCCAGUGGAGGGUCUGGUACACCACCUUAGGCAACUGGUGAAUCAAUCCAAGAAUUCAUCAGGAACUGUGCUCAGUACUUCACCAUACCUCCCACAACUCUUUAAAGAGUUAGAUGUUGUUCCUCUUUUACAGAUGAGGAGACCAAAGCUCAAAGAAGUGAAGCUCACCCAGAGUCACAAUGCUGGAAAGUGGCAGAGUCAGGAAUCAACCAUAGCCUGUCUAAUCUCAGGUUUUCUGUGCUGUCCAAUCCCACAGAUGUCUCAUGAUCGCUUUGUGGUUUGCAAAGCCUAAAUCCAACCUUGUUUCUCUAAUGAAACUGUGAAAGCUCCACUUUUAGAAAUAAAUGGGAAAACCUGAGCCUGCCACUGUGAACUUUGAUACAUGGAAGUUUAGUUGAAUCCUCCUACGGAAACUAAAAUAUAAUAAAGGAAUUAAACUAAAAUAGAAAUAAAAGUAAACAAAGGCCUACAAAUCAGAAAAUAUUUCCUACCCAAUUCCCAGAACAGACCAGUUUUAUAGUAGGGUAUGUAUAACAGUUGUAUAGUGUCUAUACACAAAAUGGGUAAGAUUCUUUUUCACAAAAAGGGUAAGUGACUGCUGUUCCCAUCCCUACAAUAGUCUGUGCAUUUACAAAAGAAAAUGUUUAAAUGACACAUUUGCUUCUAAUGUUUCCCCUAGUCUUAGGUGCAUGUUCUUAUGUAAACUCAUAUGAACAUCUUUAAAUACAUUCCCUUUAUUGGAGAGUGAAAUUGACCAAAGUAUGCUGUAACAAAUGUGCCACAAUGAGACCCACCAUUCUAUAUAAUUAAUAUGCACCAAUAAAAAUUUUAGUAAAAAAAAUACGUAUAGUCGGGUUCCCUGAUACACACCUAUAAUCCCAGCAAUACUGAAAGCUGAGUCAAGAAGAUCACAAGUUCAAGGCUAGCCUAGGCAAUUUAGGGAGACCCUGGCUCAAAAUAAAAAAUAAAAAGGGCAGGGGAUGUGGCUCAGUGGUAGAGCACCUCUGGGUUCAAUACCCAGUAACUCCCCCACACACACACACAAAAAAACCCUUACAUAUAUGUAAAUAUGUCUACACACAUACACACACACCCUUAUAUAAUGCUUUCCACAAUCUCUAUUAUUCUUUUUAACACUUUAGAAGGGCCAUAAUCUCUGUAAAUUAAUAAUCACUAUAAAAUAUCAUUAUUUGCCAAAAAAGGCUUUUUUAAAAACUAUUUCUUUAGGGAGCCCCAAUGAAGAACUCAUAUCCACCCUAAGCAAGAGUUGAUGCACCUCCUUACUAGUUUAAAAAAAUAUGAAUAUCUUUUAAAUAAAAAGUAAUGAAUCUAAUGUUCCAAGAUGCUCCCACAGGCCCUCUGGGGACUCUCAGAGAACUCUAGGAGUUGUUGAGCCAUAACUGGAGAUAACAGCUACUGAAUAUUAUCAGUUCUCUUUUAAAGAACAUCUGUAAGGGGAGGAACGUGCAUCACCAGACAAUUUAUCUUGGGUUUUUCAGCACAUGAGUGUUGAGAACGGUACUUCUUGUGCUGAGUCCCCACUGUUAUCCGUUCUUCUCAAGGAUACAUUUGGGAGGUUUUUACAUGAAAUAUGGGAGACAGACUUGCAGGGAGGGGAAGACCAGAGAAGCAAAUCAGCGUUCUACCCGCUCUUUCAAUCAGGACAGCCCUCUACUCAAAUAAUGCAGAGGAGCCAACCUGGGGUGCGGUUCCUGCUGCUGCUGGCUCCACUCACUUGCACCCAUUCUAGAUCCAGAGAGCAAGAAAAAAGCACAGAACACACAGAGGUUAUUUCUUGCAUUCCAAUUUUUUUAACACUAACAGUGGCAAUAAAGAAAGAAAAAGUAGAGGGAUGUUGAUGACCUUUGAACUCCCGGGUCCAAUUUUAAUUACAAGGGCACACACAGCCACUUUAGCAAAUGACUCCAUUUCUGAUGGGAAAAUGCUUGGGCUGUGAGGGAGUCUGUUCCCUGUGAUGGUUGUCUUUUCUCAUUUCAUUAAUGAUCCCACAAAUCAGAUAUAAGUGGUGCAUGAAGUGCCUUGGUACAUGGUGAUUUGAAUGUGAAAUUUGCUUAUGGAGUUUUGUAAUGGGAACCAUAUGUACUUGAACGUCUUUGGACUUCCUGAGACUGGCUUUUCAAUUUGGCCAAGGGUUAUCAGGAGCCUCCGUGUGCAUAAGACAUUGUAGGCUUCUCAGUUAUCCUCAGUUAUUUUCCAACAUGAAUAAUGUCACCAGCUAUUGUUUUCUGGGUUCUUCCAGGUGUUGACUUUUUUAAAAUAUAAGCUUAUCAUAAAAGUGGCAUUCAAAUUACAACAGAAAUCCAAAACAACAACAACAAAAAAAUGACUACAACUCCAACUUCUAAUUAAGCCAGUGUUUUUAUGUCCCUUGUAAUCUCCUACUCUAACCAUUUGCAUAUAGAAAUGUACAUAUUUGUGAUACUGAUAUCCAGAUGAACGUCCACCUUCUAAAUUUUUACUUAACUUCACUCAAUGCUUCUUUUUUUCAAUAUUCCUAUGAGUUUUGUUUUCUCAUUUCACCAUCCCUAACCCCUCCUUAUACCCUGGGGUGUAGCCUCCACCCCUUUUCUGUGCUCAGAUAUAUAAGCAAGGAUUUGUUUUUUGUCUCAUGCCUUUCAAAAAUACUAUAACUGUACAUAUAGUUUUCAUUUGUCUGAAAUUUCCCUUCCUAUCUUAACAUGGCAUCCUGAUACUCUCUGGGUCAACAACUAACUGUUAGCAGGUUUAACCUGUCCUUUUAGAUUGCUGUAUAAUCUUCUACACAACCGUGUACUGUGGCUGAUUAAGUCAUUUCCUUGUUGGUGAAGCUUCAGAUUGUUUCCUGGUUUUCUGCCACUGCAAACAAUAAAUGUCCUAAUGAAUACAA